AUGUCGCCUGUCGCUGCUCCCGCUCCCGCCGCCGUCGCGCGCCCGACCAAGGUCACUGAAUCGACCGCCAACCCACGCGCCGAGGAGCUCACGUACGAGUCCUUCCGGCCCUUUGGCGCAGUCGUACAGGGCUGGGAGGGCACGGAGCGCUCGCCACAGGGCAUUCACGUUAUGGUUGCGAACCAGGGCACGGCGUUCAAGUUCCACCGCCUCGCCCAGCUCCCCCAGAACGCGGCGAUUACACACGAGCGCCGCGUUCCCUCCACCACCUCCGCCAAUGUGCGUAACGGCACCCCGGUCCGCGUGACGAACCUCGACCGCUCCACAGAGACCAAGGUGUACCUCCCCCAGGGCCGCGGCGUCGCUCCUGGCACCAAGGGACUCAGCGCCGGCGCGUGCUACCUCGUGGUCGUCGGAGAGAGCCCCAACAACCUCAAGGCGUUCCUCGCGACUUCGGCGCAGGGUGUCUGCUUCGCCCCCAACACCUACCACGCCGUGAUCGUACUAAACGAGGCUAUCGACUUUGCCAUCGUCGCGGCGGCCGGCACUACAUCUACUGCUGCCGACUUGAAUGUAGACGUGCCUGCGCACAAGUUUGCACCAGUUCCCCCUCUCAUUCCGACCGCGGAAGUGGAUACGCCUCCCGUUCCCCUCGGUGUUGCGCUCAACCCCAUUCCAAUCACUGAAGAGCUCUGGGCACCCUAUGGCGAGCUUAUUGGCUCCGCUGGAACCAAGACUUCGCCAAUCACAAACACCUACCCCGCAGACCAGGACGGGGCGCGCACGACCGUCGGCCUCUUCCGCGCAACCCCUAAGGCCGGGUUACACCGCGGCCAGCUGUUCAACGUGAGCUUCCUGGAGCGCCACAUCUACACUUCCCAAGCCUUCAUCCCUCUGGGCAAGGACAACCUCUCUGGGGUUGGUGAGGCGCCCCUCACUGCCGGCGGAACAUUCUUGGUCGUCGUGGCAGACAACGGGCCCGACGACAGGCCGGACCCGAAGACACUCAAGGCGUUCAUCAUGGAGAACGGGACUGGGCUCAACUACCGCGCGGGCGUUUGGCACCACCCCGUACUGACGCUUGACGCGUGUCUCGACCUCGCGUGUAUUGAGACACAAGUGUCGACGGGCGAGUUUGGCAAAACUUAUGAGCCAGACUGCGAGCUCAUCGAGUAUGACCCGCCCAUUGGACAGAUCAAUGUCCCCACCCGACCCACCCUCUAA